UUCAAAUUCCAGCAACGCCACGUCGCCACCAACACUGUUCUUGUCUCCUACAAUUUCUAUAUAUUUGCAUCCUUACUCGCUCGUUUAUCGGAAGCUGCAAAGGCUAUCGGAAAUCAGAGAUACCAUUCUCUUCUUCACCACCGUUAUUUACGAUGCCCUCCACAUCAAAGUCAACUCGACGAAAACCUAAGAAUUUCAAGUUCGUUCCAAAACCAAAGCAACAAUGGCGUGUGAAGGAACCGAAAAGGAAUUGGUUGGAGCUCCCAUCUGAUGUAAUGGCAAACAUCUUAUACAAGGUUGGUGUUUUUGACAUACUUGAGAAUGCCCAGAAGGUUUGCACUACUUGGCGUAAUAUCUGCAAUGACCCUGCGAUGUGGAGAGUCAUUUAUAUGGAGAAUCAUUCAGAUCCAUAUACAAGGCCCCCAUUACAACAGAUGUGUAAACAUGCUGUGGAUAGAAGCCAAGGCCAAUUGGUUGAUCUUACCCUUGUGCAUUUUGCUAAUCAUGAUCUUCUUUGGUAUAUUGCUGAUAGAUCAAGUCAGCUUAGACGUCUUGAUAUCACCUAUUGCUUUGGUGAAUUUUAUGAUGGCUGGACUGAAAUUUUGAAGAAAUUUCCUUUAUUGGAGGAACUGAGUCUCUGCACAACAGAGAUCUCAAAAGAAGAUAUUAUAGGUGCUGGUGAUUGUUGCCCCAUGCUAAGAACUUUGAAAGUAAAUCAAAACUUUUUUAGGUUUUCUGAUGAAGACAGUGAUGAGGAGUCUUUAAGGAUCCGAAAUCAGAUGGCUGUUGCUAUUGGUAAAAACUUACCACAGUUAAGGCACCUUGAACUCAUUGGAAACACCAUGUCAAAUAUUGGGUUGCUAGCAAUUUUGGAUGGGUGUCCUCAUCUUGAAUCACUUGACUUGCGUCAAUGCUUAUACCUUGAUCUCAAGGGAGAGUUUGGGAAGAAAUGUUUAGAUACGAUUAAAUGUGUAAAACUACCUAAUGAUUCUCUUGAAGGAUUGCCAUUUUGUCUGAGGUGUGAUGAUAGUUAUGAUCUGCCUCAAGAUUUUGUCUCUGGUGAUUCUGAUUAUGAAUAUGAUGAGUACUUCGACUAUGAUGACUACACAAAUCCUUAUCAUUAUGAUUACAUAAACAAUGUUAAACCCGAUCUCUUUGGUAGUGAUGAUGAUUCUAUUGACAUUGAUGACUUGGACGACAUGAUGACUUUCAUGGCUUUGUUUGGAUGAUCUUUUGACAGAAAGGUGUAGCUGACUGGUUGUUGCCCUGAACAUUUUUUUGGACAUGUUUAUGGACCUUUAGACAAGGUAAUGCAAGUUUUUAAUCAAUAUUCUGCUGAUGGCUUUAUCCAAUCUUGGGGAUGACAUUUACCUGUGUUUUAAUACACCUGUAAAUACUUGUGGGUCAUUUCCAUUUUUUUUGUCUCAAACUUGGGUAAAGACUAAAGAUGUUAUGUUGGUUUGUUGUUUUAUAUGUUAUCGUGAAUGCAUCUCCUUGGAAGAUCUC